UACUACCCGUUUCGCCACACAGCAGACCUGCGCAAGAUAAAACCUCUACUCAGCACAUACCAAUCCCUUUGCUUCCGUGUGCGACUGGGAUCAGCGCUCUCUCCGACUCGCCCACAACAGUCAACUCGCCCACAUCCACAAGAAGACGAACAUAACACACAGAGGACAGGAUGAGGGAAAUCGUUCACCUUCAAGCCGGCCAGUGUGGCAACCAGAUCGGAGCCAAGUUCUGGGAGGUAAUCAGUGAUGAACAUGGCAUCAGCCCUACAGGGAACUAUGAGGGCGACUCCCCACUGCAGCUGGAGAGGAUCAGUGUCUACUACAAUGAGGCCUCAUCCUCUAAGUACGUCCCCAGGGCCAUCCUAGUAGACCUGGAGCCAGGAACUAUGGACAGUGUUCGCUCUGGGACCUACGGACAACUCUUCAGACCAGACAACUUCAUCUUCGGUCAGAGUGGAGCUGGUAACAACUGGGCCAAGGGCCACUACACAGAGGGAGCAGAGCUGGUGGACUCAGUACUGGACGUAGUCAGAAAGGAAUGUGAGAACUGUGACUGUCUUCAGGGCUUCCAGCUCACCCACUCCCUCGGAGGGGGCACAGGCUCUGGCAUGGGGACCCUGCUCAUCAGCAAGAUCCGGGAAGAGUACCCUGACCGCAUCAUGAACACCUUCAGUGUGGUGCCCUCCCCUAAAGUAUCAGACACAGUGGUGGAGCCCUACAAUGCCACCCUGUCCAUCCAUCAGCUGCUGGAGAACACAGACGAAACCUACUGCAUUGACAACGAGGCGCUUUAUGACAUCUGCUUCCGCACGCUCAAGCUCCCGACGCCCACCUACGGAGACCUCAACCACCUGGUGUCGGCCACCAUGAGCGGUGUUACUACCUCCUUCCGCUUCCCCGGCCAGCUCAAUGCUGACCUCCGCAAACUGGCUGUCAACAUGGUGCCCUUCCCCCGUCUGCACUUCUUCAUGCCUGGCUUCGCCCCCCUCACGGCGCGUGGCAGUGCGUGCUACAAUGCACUGUCUGUGCCUGAGCUCACCCAGCAGUUGUUUGACGCCAAGAACAUGAUGGCCGCUUGCGACCCGCGUCACGGACGCUACCUGACCGUGGCCAUGGUGUUCCGAGGUCAGAUGUCCAUGAAGGAGGUGGACGAACAGAUGUUGGCCAUCCAGAGUAAGAACAGCAGCUACUUCGUCGAAUGGAUCCCCAACAACGUCAAAGUGGCCGUCUGUAACAUCCCGCCCCGCGGUCUCAAGAUGUCCGCCACCUUCAUCGGGAACAACACGGCCAUCCAGGAGCUAUUCAAACGCAUCUCUGAGCAGUUCACCGCCAUGUUUCGCCGCAAGGCGUUCCUGCACUGGUACACCGGAGAGGGCAUGGACGAGAUGGAGUUCACCGAGGCAGAGAGCAACAUGAACGACCUGGUGUCAGAGUACCAGCAGUACCAGGACGCUACAACCGAGGAGGAGGGAGAGAUGUAUGAAGACGAUGAGGAAGAGUCAGAGAGCCAGGCCCGGUGAACACCUUGGAAGAAGAGCCAAGCUUGUAUAAACCCAGCUGACAAGAGCUUUGUCUAUGUGUAGCAGGGUUAUUAUCUGCCUCAUGUACACUGUACUGUAUAACCCUCCCUCCUAUACCCCUCCCUGCUCUCACUGUCUUUGCUAACUGUUAGCCCCACCUCCCUUAGCCCUCUGACCAACUCAUGGCCUCCUGUUGAUAAAAACCUCCAGACCACUAAGUUGAAUGGGUGAAAUAAAGUGUCUCAUAAACUGAUGACGAAUAGCCCUUAAUUUCUUAUAAUAAACAUGUUCAAGCCUA